GAGAGGCAAAGGUCGGAGAAACCAGUGCAACAACCAGCUCAAAAACUGAAUUCAGGCCAUCUGGUGCAAUCUUUACCAUAUCUUCUGCCUUUCACGACAGAUACAGUACAAUGAUUGUUGACGAAUUCAGCCUCAAGCAUCCUGAUAAUCGCCAUCGUAGACGAUCCUCACGGAUUCUUCCUCUGGACUUUUCUGACCCUAAUUUCAUCCAAGUGGAGAGACUAUUCUCGAAGGGCUGGCGCCACAGCCAAAAGACCAAACCAGUAGUUCGGGCAGUCUUCAAGAUACUUUCCUCGGAUGAGAGUCUUGAGUUGUAUGCCAUUUAUAGGUCGCAGGUUCAAGCAUUCAACCUUCUCACCAGGUUCAAGAAGGGUUCGAACGAGCAGCUGUGUUUUCAUGGUACUCGGCGCUCGUGUGCACUAGGCGAUGAUAGUAGCCAGGUGUUUUUGUGCCAAUCUCCGGAAUGCUCGAUAUGUUCCAUCAUUCGAGCCUCGUUUGAUGUUUCGAAAUGUGGUGCCGCGCAUUCGUUCAAGAGAUUCGGUCGCGGAAUUUAUACGACUUCCUGUUCGUCUAAAGCAGACGAUUACUACUCAUCUGGGCGAUCGACGCGACAACAUCCUGGGAACCUGCGUGUAUUAUUGCUCAAUCGAGUCGUAUUAGGGAAACCCCACAAUCGUCGCCAUAAUGCGCCUCACAUGAACCAACCGCCUCCAGGUUUUCACUCGGUCGUAGGUCUUCCGGGAGUUGAUCUGAACUACGAAGAGACUGUGGUCUACCACAAUGACGCCAUUCGGCCGGCGUAUCUAGUCGUGUAUGGGCCUCCGAGUCUCAACGAGCAACCUGUGAAAGUGCACAAGAAGGACUUACUGUCGCCCCCUUCACUCAAUCAGAAGCCAGUGGCACGAAGCGCUUCUAAAGCACAUGCCCUGCUGUCGGCGUUGUUCAAGACUCCAUUGGCUGCAUAACGUUCACCGUCUGCAAGCAUAUUUAUAGCUAACUUAGCGAA